AUGCACGAAGAACGGACGGGCACCGGCGCACUCUAUAUCGUCCUCGAGAUUUUCAACUCCAUGCACAGGCCGCUCAACGGAUCACCUCUCAAGUUCAGACUGAAGAAGAGAUGUCUCGGACCCGACAGAGCUCGCCAUGCUUGCAGCUAUUCGUGCAAACGCGCGGAGAGAUGUGCAGAUGCGGGUGGAUGCCACUGCAGGCCAGGCUACGUGGGACCAAGAUGCGAUCAACCCGUGUGUACACCCGCUUGUCAGAAUGGAGGUGUCUGCCUGGCUCCCAACAAGUGUCAGUGUCCAACAGGGUUCGGAGGAAGAAAGUGUGACAUGGAAGUAUGCCACUGUGAGAAUGGCGGGAUAUGUAUGGAGCAUGGAACGUGCAGAUGUUUGCCUGGGUUCAUUGGUGCAAGGUGUCAACAUCACAAAACAGGUAAAUGUGAAUUGCUAUGUAAAAAUGGAGGGCACUGCAACCAGUUGAACAAAUGCACCUGUCCUUCAGGAUACACUGGUCAUCUAUGUCAGAGGCCUCUGUGCUCUAACGGAUGUGAUGCGCAUGGAAAGUGUGUGGCUCCUGACCAGUGCCAGUGCUUCAAAGGAUGGAAAGGGAACAAGUGCAACAAAACUGAAAAAAUGUCAUAUGCGGAUAAUGAUGAAAGUGCGAAAAGGAGGAGGAAAAGGAGGAAACUGAGACAGAGUGAAGAGGAUGGACAAAGGUCGAAAACGACUUCGAUGCCGGGCUUGCAUGUAAGGCAUUGGUCCAAGCACAACCAGAGCAACAAUAAGCGUAACAGCAACAUCAACAACAAUAGGCGCAACAACAACCAAGACAGCAACUACAGAAAUGGAUUUCAGAAUAAAAUAAGUAAUAACGACACUUUCAAACACGACCAUGCAUUCAACAAUCCAGUCAACAAAGCAAUAAAAAACAAACAACUAUAUUUGAAGAACUACCAAACCAACAACAACAAGAGUGCAGGAAUAAUGAGGGGAGAAAGUUUUGUGAACCAUCGGGUGAAGAAGAAUCAAUUAUUCAAAUUAGUAUCAGAGCCUGACAUGACAACACAUUACGUCACAUCACAUCACAGCAGACCAUCGCAACUAUGUAUGUCUAUUCAGCAAAUGUUAUUUAAGGGAUAUCACAAUAUUACAUGA